CGACAUUACAAUUACAGUGCAACAGCAUCUCGGGCCUCGAGGCGAACUUCAAGUAAUACCGCAUCUGCCGCCUCAGUCCUCUGCACCCUGCCCGCGGCGCUCUCACUUUCGACCACAGACACCUUAGCAGCUGAGUCGAGUCGAGCAGAACAGAGGCGCCAUGAUCGUUCGGACGUCGGCUGCGCGGAGCGUGGCCCAGGCCGCCGCAAAGACAGCUUCACGAUCCUCGACCACAUCCUCAGUCGCCGCCGCCACCAGCUCGCAGACUCGAACGUACGCCACCGUGCAAGAAGGACAGCCUCAAAAACGAAGAUACGGAGGCCUCAAGGACCAAGACCGGAUAUUCCAGAACCUGUACGGACACCAUGGGACGGAUCUCAAGAGCGCGAUGAAAUAUGGAGAUUGGUACAAGACCAAGGAGAUUGUGUUGAAGGGCCAUGACUGGCUGAUCAACGAGAUCAAGGCCUCAGGUCUGCGAGGGAGAGGAGGUGCUGGGUUCCCGUCUGGGUUAAAAUUUUCAUUCAUGAACUUCAAAGGAUGGGAAAACGACAAGAGACCACGGUACCUCGUGGUCAACGCCGACGAAGGCGAACCGGGAACAUGCAAGGACCGAGAAAUCAUGCGCAAAGACCCGCACAAACUGGUCGAAGGAUGCUUGGUGGUCGGACGGGCGAUGAACGCGACAGCAGCAUACAUCUACAUCCGCGGCGAAUUCUACCACGAAGCCACAGUCCUACAACGAGCAAUCCAAGAAGCAUACAAGGCUGGGCUGAUUGGCAAAAACGCCUGCGGCUCCGGUUACGAUUUCGACGUGUACCUGCACCGCGGAAUGGGGGCGUACGUGUGCGGCGAGGAAACAUCGUUGAUUGAAUCGCUCGAGGGCAAGGCCGGCAAACCACGCUUGAAGCCUCCCUUCCCCGCGGCCGUGGGACUGUUCGGCUGUCCAUCGACCGUGACCAACGUCGAGACCGUGGCGGUCUGUCCGACCAUUGCACGCCGAGGCGGCAAAUGGUUCGCCAGUUUUGGGCGGGAACGCAACCAGGGCACCAAGCUUUUCUGUAUUUCCGGCCACGUGAACAACCCCUGCACGGUCGAGGAGGAAAUGUCCAUCCCGCUACGCGAACUCAUCGAGAAACACUGCGGCGGCGUCCGCGGCGGCUGGGACAAUCUCCAGGCCGUGAUUCCCGGCGGCUCGUCCACGCCCAUCCUGCCCAAACACAUUUGCGACGACCAGCUCAUGGACUUUGACGCCCUGAAAGAUUCCCAGUCCGGUCUGGGCACGGCUGCCGUCAUCGUCAUGGAUAAAUCCGCCGAUGUCGUCCGCAUGAUUUCUCGUCUAAGUCAGUUCUACAAGCACGAGUCCUGUGGUCAGUGCACCCCGUGCCGUGAGGGCAGUGCCUGGACUGCGAGGAUGAUGCAACGCUUUGAAAAGGGCCAGGCUCGGUCCCGCGAAAUCGAUAUGAUCCAGGAACUUACUAAGCAGGUUGAAGGUCAUAGUAUUUGCGCUCUCGGCGAAGCUUUCGCUUGGCCUAUUCAAGGUCUAAUCCGCCAUUUCCGCCCGCAACUCGAGGCCCGCAUCAAGGAAUACGCAAAGACCGCAGGAGGCGAGGCCCUCGCUGGCGGUUGGGAGCCUCAGGCCGCCAAACAGGGCAUGUUGAUCGCGCCGGGCCAGUAGAUGCAACUUGACAGCGAAUGAAUAUAUACAAUGUGUUCUCUGUCUGUAUCUGUGUCAUGUCAAUCCUUGCUAUCCUUUUCGGGUUCCCUGGGGCCCAUCCGUUUUGAUCAUAUUCAAACUUCAAGUCGUUGGGUUCGUGCGGAUCGAUCGCGCGGUGCGGUGAAUUGGUCCAAAUUAAGGUAUAUCUCUAUGUACCUCUAGUACACUAUGAAUUGCAAAAAUGAAAGGAACAAAAAUGGUCAUGGUCUACACGGGCUGGACUUGCCUUGCCCCCCAACGUUUUGAAGCAAGAUAGAUGUAGACAAGAUUACCUUUGCUAGAUUAGAUUCCGUACAGGUACUGCAGGUACUGCUGCGGAACACCCACGCCUCCCUACCUAGCUCCAAAGGUAGCGGCACUAUAUGCGACCAACCAGCGACAGUGCUGGAUCAUGCU